AUGAAAAUCGAACAUUUUGAUGUUCUACUUAGCAAGCAAUCCGAGAAGCCCUACACCGGUGGUGAAGCCGUUCAGGGGCAUGUUCAAAUAAGUGUCUUGGAAAAAGUUAAAGUAGGGCGAUUGAUUGUAAAAUUGAUUGGACAAGCACAGACCGGCUGGAAAAAUAAGAAUAGCGAAGUUCUGUAUGAAAGUAACGAGCAAGUGCUCAAUGAGUAUAUCGAUUUGACAAGAAUGCUCACUGAUUUUUGCGAUGAAAAUUUUAAUUUGGAAGAAGGCCUUCACCAAAUAUACUUUCAUAUUCAACUGCCACUGGAUGUGAUAUCAUCGAUUGAAAAAGAAAAUUAUGGUUGGGUUCGUUAUACGUGUUCAGCAACUCUCGAUGUGCUUGAUGAGGAUGCUAGAGAGAUUUUUGCUGAGCAUAACUUCACCGUGUUCUCUUUCCUCAAUCUUGACGCACCAUACAUGCGACAACCGGUCACGAGUGAGGAAGAAAACGAAGUACGCGGAUGUUGCUGUAAUCGUAAAGUCGGCGUUGAAUCUGCUCAGUUAACUAUUUCGGACAUGGGGCUUCUACCCGGGGAAACAGCGAAAAUUACAUUGGUAAUUGAUGAUGGUGCUAAAAGGAAGCGAAGGAAAUCGCGAAAAAGUCGAAAUGAUUGCGUGCUGCUCUCAUUAUGUCAACAGCUUGAUUUUUUAUCGCAGAAUCGUUAUGAACUUCAUUUGUUUGAUAGAAAAUCAUUAACAAUUGCUGUCGAAUCCAUGGGGACAUGUAAAAUGACAUCAGGUACAGGUCCAGAAACAAGGCACAUUGAUUUCCAGAUACCCACUGGUUUACAGCCAACUUCAAUCAAAGCGAAUGGCCUUAUUACAAUUAGUUAUUUCUUCCGUCUAGAUAUGCGUAGUUUUGAUGUUAUUGUACCAGUAAUUAUUGGAUCUAUGAAAACACUUGACCCAAUUAACGAAUGA